AUGGAUAAAAAACUAUUUAAUGCUGCAUGGGCGGGAGACAUUGUUGCCCUAAGGAAACUAACAAAAGAAGAUCCCCGAAUUCUUCACUCAUCGUCAUUAGUAGGAGGAGACAACCCGUUACACAUUGCUUGCAUGGCAGGUCACCGUCAUUUUGCGAAAGAAAUGAUAAAAUUGAAGAAAAAUAUAGCGGAGGAACUAAAUGAAGACGGUUUGAGCCCUCUUCACAUUGCUGCCUCCAAUGGAGACUUGGAGAUCGUGAAGGAACUCCUAAAUAUCGAGGAGGGAGCAAUAUUGUGUAAGGUGAAAGGGAGAGAAGGACAAAUCCCUCUUCAUUGUGCGGUUAUUAAAGGAAGAUUUGAUGUGAUCAAGGAGUUGGUGACGGUUGAUCCUCGAUCUGUAGCUGAGGCUACAGCUCGAGAUGAGACUGUUCUCCACCUAGCCGUAAAGAAUAACCAAUUCAAGACUUUACAGUUUUUGGUGGGACAUCUCAACGGGAUGAACAUGAAUAAUCUAUUAAAAAAUCAAGACGAUCAAGGAAAUACCAUUUUACAUCUUGCCAUUUUCAAGAAACAAUAUGAGGUGAUAAAUUUCUUGCUUUGCAAGGAUGAAAACUCUGAAGUUAUGGUGGAUGUGAAUGCAAUGAAUUUGAAUGGUCAAACACCUCUUGAUGUUUUACUCAUGCACAAUGAAAUUGGUGACAACAAGUAUGAUAAAAGAAUGGAGGAUAUCCUACUACAAGCUGGAGCUAAAAAAGGUUCAAAUCAAUCGUCGACCAUAGAACAACUACCUUCUGCACAUGUUGAAACCGAGUCUCAAACCGAGCUCUCGGGCGAGGACAUCUUAUGGUACACUUAUUUCAAGUACAAAGAAGGAAGGGACUCCCCCGGAGAUGUUCGCAAUUGUCUUCUAGUCAUUGUUGCCCUAAUCACCACCGCUACUUACCAAGCUAUUUUAAGCCCUCCUGGUGAUGCAUGGAAAGACAGCUCAUUUGGAAACGGGAAGCCAUAUAUUGCUGGUCGACCAAUAAUGCAAACCUAUAGUCCUGUUUUGUAUGGCUUUUUUCUCUACUUCAAUACGACAGGAUUCUGUGCUUCUGUGUACAUGAUAUAUUUGUUGACGGGAGGAUUUCCUUUGAAGUUUGAGUUGAAUGCCGCGUUGGGUGCUAUUGUGAUAACUUACGAGAUCGCCAUUGCUGCUUUCACGCCCAAAGGAGCCGCGCCAACCGUGUUCUUAGUCUUCUCCAUGAUAAUGCCAAUCGCGAUGCCUUAUGCGAUUGGAUUUUAUAGAGCAUUCUUUACCGCUUGUGGGAUUAGGUACAUGGGCGAGCCAAGUCCAUAA